CGCCCCUCUCUCUCCCUUUGAGACCUUGGUUCGAAAUUUCCGUUUUCUUCCCAAAAUGUCCGCCAUCUCCGCCCUGCUCUUCCCUCCGAGCCCCUCCCUUCUCGUUCUGCCCCCACCUCCAUCGCCCUUCUUUCCCCUCCCCGCCGCUCUCCUAUCUCUUUAUAAACCCCCCACCGCCUUAUUCUCUGCUCCCAAACCCCAGCUCCGCCUCCUUCCCCGUCGCGCCCUCAGCAGCCACGAGGAGACCGCCGAACCCUCCCCCUCCGCCACCGUCACCGUCGACAACGCGCAGUCGCCGGAUGCCACCGCUUUCUUGAUCCGCGCCCGCAACCGGAUCGGGCUCCUCCAGGUGAUCACCCGGGUCUUCAAGGUCCUCGGUCUCCGGAUCGAGCGCGCCACCGUCGAGGUCGAGGGGGAGUUCUUUGUGAAGCGGUUCUUGGUGGUGGACUCCCACGGGGCCAAGAUCGAGGACCCGGAGAGCCUGGAUCGCAUCGAGCGCGCACUGAGGGACGCGAUCGAUGGGGCCGCCGAUCGGACCCCCGCGGGGCCGGGGACUGCGAGGUUGGGGUCGAGAGGGCUGGUAGUCCGGCGGGCGGGACUAGUGCCGGAGUCUGGGGAGGGGAAGGCUAAGGCCGAAAGGAUGUUCUCGUUGAUGGAUGGGUUUCUCAAGAACGAUCCGAUCAGUCUUCAAAAGGACAUUCUUGACCACGUUGAGUACACUGUGGCGAGAUCAAGAUUUAGCUUCGACGAUUUUGAGGCUUAUCAGGCUUUGUCACAUAGCGUGAGAGACCGCUUGAUUGAGAGAUGGCAUGAUACUCAUGCUUACUUUAAGAGGAAAGACCCGAAGAGACUUUACUUUCUCUCUCUGGAGUUCCUUAUGGGCCGUUCUUUGUCAAACAGUGCUAUUAACUUAGGUAUAAGAGAUCAGUAUGCAGAUGCUUUGAAUCAACUUGGCUUUGAGUUUGAAGUGUUGGCUGAGCAGGAAGGGGAUGCAGCACAAGGUAAUGGUGGUCUAGCUCGCUUUUCUGCAUGCCAUAUGGACUCUUUGGCAACGAUGGACUUUCCUGCUUGGGGCUAUGGACUACGUUACCAAUAUGGGUUAUUCCGCCAGGUUAUAUUGGAUGGAUUUCAGCAUGAACAACCUGACUAUUGGCUGAAUUUUGGAAACCCUUGGGAAACAGAGCGCAUUCCUGUUUCGUAUGCAGUGAAGUUCUAUGGGACUGUUGAAGAGAAGGAUUUUAAUGGUGGCAAGUGUAAAGUUUGGGUUCCUGGAGAGACGGUUGAGGCUGUUGCUUAUGACAACCCAAUACCUGGCUAUGGGACAAGAAAUACUAUUAAUCUCCGCCUAUGGUCAGCUAAACCUAGUGACCUGUAUGAUAUGGAAUCUUAUGAUACAGGAGACUAUAUUAAUGCUGUUAUCAACAGGCAGAAAGCUGAGACAAUUAGUAGUGUUCUAUAUCCUGAUGAUCGAUCAUAUCAGGGCAAGGAACUACGGUUAAAGCAACAAUAUUUCUUUGUCUCGGCAUCAGUUCAGGACAUCAUUCGGAGAUUUAAAGAUUCUCAUAAUGACUUCAAUCAGUUCCCUGAGAAGGUGGCCCUGCAGCUAAAUGAUACUCACCCAUCCCUUGCAAUCCCCGAGGUUAUGAGGGUCCUUGUUGAUGAAGAGCUUCUCAGUUGGAAGCAGGCAUGGGAUAUUGUAUGCAAAAUUUUCUCCUGCACAACUCACACUGUAGUUCCUGAGGGACUAGAGAAAAUCCCAGUUGAUCUACUUGGCAGUGUUCUUCCACGUCAUUUACAAAUAAUAUUCGACAUAAACCUUUCAUUUGUGGAGGAGUUGAAAAAGCAUUUUGGGCUUGAUUUUAACCGCCUCUCCCGGAUGUCAAUUGUUGAGGAAGGUGCUGUGAAGAGUAUUCGGAUGGCCAACCUAUCAAUUGUUUGUUGCCAUACUGUUAACGGAGUCUCCCGUGUUCAUUUAGAUAUAUUGAAGACAAAGGUAUUUAAGGACUUUUAUGAGCUUUGGCCACAAAAGUUCCACUACAAGACAAAUGGUGUUACCCAGCGUCGGUGGCUUGUAGUUAGCAAUCCUGGUUUAUGUGGUCUUAUCUCAAAAUGGCUUGGAACGGAUGCUUGGAUCCGUGAUAUGGACCUCUUAAUGGGACUGCGAGAUCAUGCAGUGGAUGCAGAACUCCAACAAGAAUGGAAAAUGGUCCGUAGGAUCAACAAAAUUAGGCUCGCUGAGUUUAUUGAAGCAAUGACUGGCAUGAAGGUCAGCCCAGAUGCGAUGUUUGAUGUACAGAUCAAGCGUAUCCAUGAGUACAAAAGACAGUUGCUUAAUAUUCUUGGCAUCAUAUAUCGAUAUGAUUGUAUAAAGAACAUGAAGGAAAGUGAUAGAAGGAAAGUUGUACCCCGUGUCUGUAUAAUUGGAGGAAAGGCUGCCCCUGGUUAUAAAAUGGCGAAGAAGAUAAUUAAAUUGUGCCAUGCUGUUGGAGAAACAAUCAAUAAUGAUUCUGACAUUGGUGAUCUUUUGAAAUUGGUUUUUAUUCCUGAUUACAACGUCUCUGUUGCUGAACUAGUAAUUCCAGGAAGUGACAUUUCACAACACAUCAGUACAGCAGGUCAUGAAGCCUCUGGAACUGGCAGCAUGAAAUUUUUAAUGAAUGGAUGUUUACUUUUGGCUACAGCUGAUGGGGCCACUAUUGAAAUCAUUGAAGAAAUAGGAGAGGAUAAUAUGUUUCUAUUCGGUGCCAAAGUUCAUGAAGUCCCCAAAUUGCGCGAGAAGGCUCAAAAUCAUGGAAUGCCACUUCAAUUUGCUCGUGCUCUCAAGAUGGUUCGUGAUGGCUACUUUGACUAUGAAGAUUACUUCAAAUCUCUAUGCGACUCUAUUGAAGGGGGUGGUGACUUCUAUCUCCUGGGAAAUGAUUUUGCAAGCUACCUAGAGGCCCAGCAGGCAGCAGCUGACAAGGCAUUUGUUGAUCAAGAGAGGUGGACAAAAAUGAGCAUUCUCAGCACUGCUGGCUCUGGAAGGUUCAGCAGUGAUAGAACAGUUGGAGAAUACGCACAUCAGACAUGGGGAAUUGAACCUUGCAGGUGUCCAUUUUAAUUACAUCAUUCUCAGGGACAUACACACGAUCAAUGGAUGUUAAUACUCUUCAUCAAGGUGCAGAGCCAAGGAUGCACUGCAAUCUCCUUAAUGUGGUGAUUCCCCAUUAUCACUUGCAUGCUCUUGGUGGCAUUAAUUUCUCUUUCGAAAUAUGUUUGUUGCAAUUUAUCGAUUGAAGGAAUUACCAAUUCUACAGUCUUGUUAAGAUAUCGGGAGAUCUCAUCAGCUCAAUAAAUUUCCCUGAUAGGGUUCUAUCUCAAACAUUAUGAUGAAA